AUGCCGUCACUUGUAACGAGCAGGCUCACAAUCUAUGGCGCGUUCUCGACCGUGCUCGUUUCAGCUGUUAUUGCCAGUGCAUUUCACAAGCACUCCAAUUUCUAUUCGGCGACUGUUUUCCUGUCGCGUAGCAGCGCGAGCGUCUUGGCAAACUAUGGCGUGUUACUCGCUCUCUUGUUUGGGCGAUUUCUCCAGCGUUUAUUCUUUGGUCGUUUAAGCAACCAGGAAGUGGAGCGAUUAUACGAUAGGACAUGGUUUUUCCUCACAGAGUCCCUCCUGGCGUUCACGAUAUUCCGAGACGAGUUCGAUGCUCCAUUUGUUGUCAUGUUCGGUGUAUUACUUUUCUUGAAGUGUUUUCACUGGCUCAUUGCCGACAGGAUGGAUUGGAUGGACCAACAACCGUACCCUGGGCCCCCUAUGCUUUUCCAUCUGCGUACCAACGUCAUGUUCUUUAUCCUAUGGACCGUGGACAUCCUUAUGCUUCAGUUUGCCAUCGAAACCGUGCUUACGCAUGGUGUGGGAGGAAUCGUCUUGUUUGGAAGCGAAUACGCCAUCUUGUUAGCCUCUUGUUUAAAUUCUGUAUUGAAGUAUUUCGUAAUGGUCUACGACCUCCGCCGUGCUCGAACACGCGGAGGCGAGGACGCUCCCAUCUGGGAAAACAAGAGCAUGUGCAUGUUCUACAUCGAACUUAUCACAGACUUCCUGAAGCUUGGAACGUACCUCACAUUCUUCAUGAUUGUCAUGACCUUCUUUGGCCUUCCACUGAAUAUCAUUCGGGACGUUUACAUGACCGGCGUGUCAUUCUACACUCGCUUCCGUGACCUCCUGCGGUAUCGCGCGGCAACCAAAGACAUGGAAACCAAAUAUCCAAACGCGACUCCCGCAGAACUCGAAGUCAUGUCCGAUAGAACGUGUAUCAUAUGCAGAGAAGAAAUGGUCGUGCAAUCCAGGAUCCAUGCAAACCCGCCAGAGGUAGCGUUAGGUCCAAAUGGUUUGCCACAACCGGGUCAAACUCUGGGUUUGAACGAUCCACCGAAGAAGUUACCUUGUGGGCAUGUUUUCCAUUUCCAAUGCCUGCGAUCGUGGCUUGAACGACAACAAAGUUGUCCGACGUGUAGACGUUCGGUGCUUGAGGGUAUGAACCCAGAUAACACCGAUGGGAACGGUGGAAAUGCUGCGAAUCGACCGAAUCGGCACGAUGAUGGAAACCUGAAUGGCGGGAGGCUGCCGUUUGUUCCGCGAGAUGUGCCUCUAGGUCCUCCUGCACAACUUGUUGACGGGAAUGGGAGAGAACAAAAUCAGAAUGCUGUGCCUCAGGUUCAGCCCCACGCUCUGCGGAACGGUGUACCUCCGGUCAACGCUCAUCAAGAGCUUGCUGGUGAUUUGCUCAAUGGGUUAGGUGUCACCGGUGCUGGAACACUGAAUGACGGUGGGGGUGCUAACCGAGUGAGUGGAACUCAACAGACGCCACCCCGAGCCUUCCAUGGAUUCAACGUCGGGGGCGUUUGGCACCCUUGGGAAAUCAGCGGAUUGGACGGAGAGGCCGCUGAGGCAUCAGGCCCUAGUACGACCUCGGGUCCUUCUUCCUCCUUCUCGCCUGUUCCGCCCCAACCUUCCGCUCCUACUGCGACAGCUUCUCGCGCUCCAGCGGCAUCCUCUCCUGCCGGUCCAAGCGCCACUCCAGAGGGCCUUGCAUCUCCCUCCGGGUCGUCGAAUGGAACGGUUACUCCUACAUCUGCUCCUGCUCCUCCAACGCCUGGAUUGCUGCAGGAGGCUGCAGCACAGAGUGCAUCUCUUACUCCAAGAGAAGCGGCAGCUGCUGCUGCACUUAAACGGUUCGCGGCCGUCGGUUCGAAAUCUGGUCAGUCUUCCGCCACCACUACCAACGUAACGCCGGUCCCUACAAGGACUGUUCCUCCGAGAGCUGAGUCCUUACCCGCAAUCUCUACGUUGGAAGCAAAAAUGACCCCUCCAUCUGCCUCGAUUCCAUCCCCCACUUCCAAUUCAUCUUCAUUCGUAGGACAGACGGAUCCUCCUCCAAAACAUGUUUCCGUCCCAACCCUCAUUCCUCUCUUCGACCCUUCAUCUGUUGCUCAUCGCCCUUUCAUUAAUCUGGGUUCGUUCGCGGAUAUCUCAAUGACGUCAGGGAUGAUGUCCCCCGCUACGCCUGCAUACUUUUCCAACCCACUUCCUUCCUCUUCCUCUACAUCUGUAUCAGGAUUACAACAACCUCCUUCGUUCCCUUGGAUCUUGAACAAUAUGGGUCCUUUUUCAGCUACCUCCACGCCUGCUUCACAAACGCCCGCACGUACACCCGCUCGUGUACACUCUAGCGCAAACCUCAGCGCGAUGUUCAGCGCCGCCAUGUCGAACAAUAAUGCGGCCGCUCCUCCAGUCAUCCCCAUCACUCCAGACCUCAAUUCGGGGGCGUCGUUCUCGCCGCGUCUUCUUCCUUUCUCCACACCGAAUGCGUUCUCAGAUGAUGCUGGCCUAAGGAGAUUAGAUGCUCUCACAAGAGAAGCGAUCGAUGAAAGGCUCAAAGUUCUCGAGGAUGUGCAGAUGAAGCUGUGGAGUGCGGCAGAGGAGUUGAAGAGGGUUAAGAGUGCCUUACCUCCCAUGACGUCCAGCUCUGCGUCUGGAUUGAACUUGACUGGAUUGCCGACGAGCCUGCCGGUUGAGGGGUAUGUGAGUGCGCCUCAGUCUGGAUAUGCCUCUGUUGUGCGUAGGUCGGCAGAGGUCGUUCGUAACACGGCCGAGUUGGUGAGUUCCGUUGAGGAAGGGCUAAGAAGUGAUGUAGUAGAUUCGAAAGGGAAGGGGAAGGGGAAAGCGCGGGCCGUUGAAAAGGAGGAGCCUUCUUCUUCUGUUUUGUUGUCUGAACCUCAACCUUAG